AAAUACAAACGAAGCAGAUUUAGUCGAGAAAGAAAGGCGUCUUACUCUCAAGGAACAAGAACUGGUCAUUAAAGAGCGAGAAGCAAACGAAACAGCUUUAGUCGAAAAAAAAAGGCAUCUUAAUCUCAAGGAACGAGAAUUGGCCAUUAAAGAGAGAGAAGUGAAAAUACGAGCCUUGGAAUUACGAGAACUGGCUAUUAAAGAGAAAGAAAUUAAAAUUCGAGUAUCGGAAGUAUUAAACAUCAAGAAAGAGAAGGAGUUGGGCUUGUAA